GGUGUCUCGUUGUAUGGGUGGAGCACACAGUCAGGAAAUGUGUAGAAAGCUGUGAAGCUGUUCCCUCGUUUUACUCAUGAGUGUGACGAGCUUGUUCUCACCAGAGAGACCGCUACAUGUCGAGUUUAUUACCAUGAACUCAACUAGAGAACAUAGCAAAGUUUUUAAUGCCUAUAUUUUAAAAAUAGGACAGUGGACAGAGUCAGAAAGUGGGGAAUGAUAUGCGGGAAAGGAGCCACAGGUUGCAUUUGAACCCGGGCCACAUUAGUUGUUUUCAGUUAAAGAAUCUGAGCUUCACCGAUUUCUGCAAGGCGUUUUUAAAUAGAAAACAAACUGAAGAUGCAGGGUUCCAUUGCACGAGUGUGUAUGGUGGUUGCAGCUGCCAUAUUAAACCACCCCUUGCUGUUUCCUCGAGAGAACACCACAGUCCAAGAACAGGAUGAGGAGAUGAUGGCUCGCAUGCGGGAGCAUGAGGAGAGGUUGGAAAUGGAGCAAUCCAAGCUAGAGAAAGAGCUGGCACAGUUGGAGUCACAGCGGGAGGAAACCAGCACAGAGGAGGGCUACAGUUGGUACUUUUGGAGCGCUUUGUCUUUGGUCAUUUUCUUCACUAUUGAGAUGUGCAGAGUUGAUCUAGCUGACACAGAAGUCAGGCCCGUAGAGGAUGAAGACGUCUUUCCAGAGAGUGGAUCCAUCACCCCCAGGACAAUGGUACUAGAUAAGGAUGUCCUUGGUAACUUCUGUGACAAAUGCACCUACACCUCGGCCCAUGACAACUGGAGGGUGAGGGAGUUUGUCGAGGGUUUUGCUGAUGACUUGCUGGAAUCACUCAGGAGCGUAUGUGACAGGACAGACAUGGAAGUCGGGGACUUUGUUGGAAUAGGGAGCAUGUUUGAGUCUUGGAGGGUGUGUAAGCCCCUAAUGUGCGACCUUCUGGUGCCUUUUUCCCCUCCAGAUCCGCACUCUUUUCAGUUCCACCUGUGGUGCUGCCCCUCCAGCGACGUGCCUCCAGACAUGCAGGGCUGCGGCAAAAUCAAGGUGACCAAGGAGAACGAGGAGGGUUGUAUCUGUGGCUCUGCUAAUCUGGGAGAGGACAUGCUUUGUCUGCUACACAGCAGAGAUGACGGCAUCAAAGUGGACUGCGGUCCUGAUGAGCUCCUCUGCUCCAGAAACACAUCCUUCCUGUCCAAAGAUCAAGUCAUGAAGUGGUUUCAGAUCUCUGUAACUAAAGCGUGGGGACGCAUCUCUCACAAGUACGACUUUGAAGUCACUUUCCGCAACCUGGAUGCAGCGGGGGCUCUAAAGAUCCGAUUCCCUUCUGGGAAAGUCAUAGUGAUGAACAUCAUACCUGUGGUGCAGUUCGAGGACACCGAUGCUUAUUUUGUCUCUCACUUUCCUUCAGAUUGUGAGAGCGCCCCAGACCCAUACUGGGCCCUCUCUUUUGCAAUCUAUGAGAGGAAUUUGUUCAAAUAUUUCACCAAAUGCCUACCACAACAUUCCUGUCAUUUACACUGCCUUCAGAUUGUGACUUUCUUACACAGAAAGCAGACAGGGCUCACAGGAAAAAGUGCAUUUACAAACUACCACUUUAAGACUGCACUGUUGCACUUGUUGCUGCUGAGUAAAAGCCCCUCCUCAUGGGGCUUUGAGAACAUAGAGCACAGGCUUCGGGACAUACUCGUCUUCAUGCAGAGGAGUCUGCAGGAGAAAAGACUUCAUCAUGUUCUUAUCGGGAACAGUAAAGUGCCAGAAGAAGUCCGGGUUCCUGAAAUAAUUCAAAGAGCAGAGCCCGUCAAUCUGCUGCGACCUCUGGUGUUGCAGACGGAGCUUUAUGCAGCUACAGUCAAACAUUUUCAAGAGAUGUUGAGAAAUGCAAGCGCGCUAUUACAAGAAUACACACCUCACUUACCAAAUGGAGGUUUACACCACAGCUGAGAUGAAUGUUUGUGAGCUUUGGACAUCUUCUAUAUUCUCUCAUUUUAGCACAAGCACAUGCCUUUCAGUUUUACUAAGAAUAAUGUUGCACAAGCACUGAGAUGAAAAGAUGCACAUACAGAAGUUAUUUUGAUACGCCCAUUAUCUAGACAUAGUGGUUUCUGUUUUAAACUCUUACAAGGUAACAAGUGUUUUAUACUUACUCGAAGCAAUACGGCAGCAGCAUUUAGACAUUGGGUCCUGUUUUUAAAAAAAUCGGUCAGAACAGUCUGGGUCCUACUCCUACAUAUUCCAAAGAUAUAUUGUAACCCGUGUACAAUUAAUUCUGUAGAAUUGUUUGAGGCUUUAAAACUGAUAUGACUUGUUUGGUAACAACUACUUCAUCUAAAUAAGCAUAUGUAGAAGGGUGAUCAUUUUUUUCAAUGUAUUUCACCAUUUACAUGGAAAAAGAAAAAGCACUUUUGUUAGUCAGGGAAUAAAGAUUUACACACAAAUACCUCUGAUAUUAUUGCAGUCUAACAGGAAUAAUGUAAGAAACAGUCCAACAGUGUUCCGUUUAUAUUCACACGUUUGCUGAUAUGAUGGCAGCUACUUUAUGAUGUAAUAUUUGUUUCGUUGCAAUGUUCAUUUCCACAGUUUUUAUAUCUUUGGUGGAGCUUCAGCUUUGAAAUGAAUCAGGGUAAACAAGAUGUAUCUUUCUGUUAGCGACAGAAAGUUCAGAUUGUUUCCAGUGGCAUUACAUCCACAUCAAAAGCAUAUGAAUGGAAAAAAACCUUGAGUCAUAUUUACCUCACACGGAAUUAAAUGUCCAAUAAUAACAAUGUAAACUCAUUCUGAGAUUUGCUUCAAUAUAUUUUUAUUUUAUUUUGAAACACACACACACACACCUCUAAAAGCGCAGCUGUUCUUCUUUUCUGAGAGUGAUAAUGGUUCUUAAUGAGUGAUUUUGUUAAAAAAGCAGACCUGUAGAAAAAAGUGAAGGCAACUGAGCAACAGCUUUCAGUUACAGAGAUUCAACUGGUUUUAUUGCAUUGGGAACUUGCAGCAAUUAAGAGCUAAUAGAAAAGUGGUUUAAGAAUAGGUUAGUAAGUGAUUUUCAUGUAUCCUUCACCAUGAGUCAGAAAUAAAUACAAUUAUUGGCAAUAUUGAAUUUGCUUUCGAGUACCUCUCUGAUUAACGAUGAACAAACACUCAGAUAAAAUAAAAAAUGAUUCUUCAGGGUUUUGGUUCCUUUUUUUUUUUUCUACAGGCCCAGGUCGUAGUUGGGUUUCCCGUCCCCGUAGCCCUGGUAGAAGGCCUUGUAGGUGUCCAUGCUGUGUGUGGUGGCUUUGACAGCGGGAUCCUCCAUCAUGCACUCGGUCCACUUCUUCAGCUCAGGUGUGCCGUCAAGGCAGCUGAAAAGACAAAGGAACCAAAACACUCAGACACCACUUGAACUAAAGUGAAGGAAAGAUGAAUAAUAUGAUUUGUAUUUUGCAGUCGGAUAGUCUGUUUUUUGAAUGUACAGGCCUUACUUUUGUACUUGACCUAAUAUUUGUAAUAAAAACCUUCUAUAAAUAAAAUAUAUUUGUUAAUAAAAUGUUUCUGUGAAUGUC